GUGAAUCAUUCAUCUCACGUGCUUCUGAGGGGAAGUUUUUUGCCUUUUCUGUUGUUUUGCUCUCUUUUCUUGAUCAUAUGAUCUUCUAUUCGGACUUGCUAUCACUGCAGUGCGAAAAUAUCCGUAAAAACAUAACCGAGUUGCAUCAUUUUGGUUCUUAUACGAGCCCCUCUAUCAACUGGCAUGCCCCUUUCGAGAGGACCAAAAAGGGGUGGAUUUUCUGCGUCUAAAUGAUUCACGUUCGUACAGGUUCAAUCUCGUUCGAAAUCGGCUGAUAAAAAUGCUUGUCCAUUGCGCAAGUGCGUCCAUCCCUCUAGUAAUACACCCCCUUAGAUUUCAUUCAUGGAAAUGAAGAGUCGUGUGGGCCCGUAUACACAUUGCAAAUUCCGAGCGCGCGCGUCCCAGUCGUUUGUGGUAGUGAGAGGAUCGCGACCUAGUAUUACAAGCAUAAAAGUACCUAGCCCCAGCAAAUGCUGAUUCAUUACGUAUCGAACAACCCAGCGUGAGAGUAAUCUUUCGGCGUGUAUCGCAAGUAGUUGCCAAGUGUUUCCACUUCAGAAAAACUUACGAAGCGACAUUUAAAUUGAAUAACUGUGUUCGGUGCAGUGUGUUUGCCAAAGAGUUUCUUAUCUUUAUUUGUUUGUUCAAGAACCAGAGAAAGAGUUGCAAUUGGCGCCAAGUAGUCCAUCGUAAUUUCACAACUUUGCCCAACGACGCUUCUGUGUUUUGGUGCCGUUUGCGACUUCUAUCAACUUUUCCCCUAGUGGGAGGUGAAAGUAGACGGCGUUCCAUAGAAAAGGGUUGCACGUGUGAGUGCGAACUGGCAUCCUCGUCUAAUCAUCGAACGAAGCAUAACAUGGUACUGAAGGCAUCGGAUGAAGGAAAGAUGGUGGAGGCGAACGGAUUCCACACUGUUGGAAUUGGUUCGAGUGCACGAAAGGCGCUGCUGAGCGCGCUGGAGGAUAAACGACUCGUCGUUGGAUUGGCUAGUGCCAUUCGAAGCUUGGCCACUAAUCCGGAUCAGUAUAAUUUCUGCUUUUUGGCUCCAAUCGAAGAUCAUGGUGAGAGCGGCAGUCACAUGCAGGAGGUGCUAAUGGAAGCAUUUUGCUUGGAGCACGACAUCUACAUCAUACGGGUUGAUAGUGCGGAUAAACUCAGUCGUCUGGUUCAAUCACCGGUCAUUGCUUCUUGUGCAUUGGUACGCAAACUACCACCGAAAAUGGUUCGACGAAUGAGUAACGCAUUCCGGCGAUCGGAGAGUAUUCUGAUCGAGCACUGUGAGCUGUACUGGGAUGAACCACACAAACCCGUUAUCAAAUUACCGGAAAAGUGAACAAGCUCUCGCUUCCGGUUUACUAAACGAGACGAUGAAAUCAUUCUUUAAUAAGGCAACGCACGAAACCGAGCGCCCUUAAGCUGUACAAUGAGAAAUAUUCUCCACCCACAUACCUAGGCCAAAUCCAGGGCCAUAAGCUUGAAGUCCUUUAUCAUAUAGCGGGUCGAUACCCGGACGAUACGUUAGCAUAAGCUAAGGAUAGCUAACAUUAGCUAAGGAUACCUAUGGAGCUGGAGCUGCUCAUAUAUGAUCGAUUACGGUCCACAAAACGAUUUCGAAACCAGGCCAACGGUGGUUGGAAAAUGUGGAAAUUAUGGUGUAUAGUUUUAAAUUGUACUUACGUUGAAAUUUGAAAUAAAAUAUUUCCUCCUAUGUAAACAA